CCCUCUCCAGUGUGGUCAUAACCUUUGGAAUGAGGGUGUGAGGGACUGCCAAUUCCCAUCUCCCUUCUCAUUCCAACCUUAUUGUAACACUGCUUUCUAAGCCUCUGGCCUGGCCCGUUCUCUCUCUCUUUCUCUCUCUCUCUCUCCCCCUUUUCUCUCCCUCAUCUCAUUGUUUCAGAAUAGGCCAAAUCUGAAGUCCUUCCAAGGGUGUGGCUCUGUUCAUCUCAUUUCCCAGCCCAAGUGGAACAGCGGAAAAGCGUGAGAAGGACAGACACAUUCAGCAGCCAGAGGACACGGUGGACAGAGCGGAGCACUUGUAGACAAUAUGCCGUUCUUCGGGCCCAAGGCGCUGCUGCUUGUCAUGGCACUCAUUAUGCCCUCCGGCUGGCUACCCCUAGGGGUCCGUGGUCAACGAGGAGAUGAUGUGAUCGAAACCUUCACAGAAGAUCCUAAUCUGGUGAACGACCCUGCUACAGACGAAACAGUUCUGGCUGAUAUCACACCUUCCACAGAUGACCUGGCCUCAGCCGGUGACAGGAAUGCUACCGCAGAGUGCCGGGAUGAGAAAUUUGCUUGCACGAGACUGUACUCUGUCCAUCGGCCAGUAAAGCAGUGCGUUCAUCAGGUCUGUUUCACCAGCUUAAGGCGCAUGUAUAUCAUCAACAAUGAGAUCUGUUCCCGACUUGUCUGUAAAGAACAUGAAGCUAUGAAAGAUGAGCUUUGCCGGCAGAUGGCAGGCCUGCCUCCAAGACGACUCCGCCGCUCCAACUACUUCCGACUUCCUCCCUGUGAAAACAUGAAUUUGCAGAGACCCAGCGGUCUGUGAUCAUCAAGGAAGAAAGUGUGGGUGAGAGGAAUCAGACAGUCCUCCUCCUCCAGCCAACGUCGUCUGUCCCAUAGACAUGUACUUCUUAAACUAAGCCCUUUGCCAUGCCCAGGCUUUGACCCUACUGUCUAAUUUUCACUGGCACUGGUAACUUUUGUCUCAUUUUGCAGUACUGACAAUACAGUGUCUACAUUGUU